AUGGCUAGAUUAGAUAUACGCACCGCUCGGCCGAUUGAUCAAGAGAUUGGAUGGAUAAACUUUGCAUACAGAAAUCAAAAGCACAAUGUGUGGGAACACCAAGCAAGGAAGCACCGGCAGGAACCUGCAAUGUACCGUAAGGUGGUGGUAUUUGCCAAUCUUAUUGCACCGAAGUUAAAAAAUAUGUCCGCGGCGACUGUGGUUUCAAUAAAGUUUGUACCUGUUACAACUGCGAUGCUUAAACUACAAUUUUUGCUGCUUGGGGAAACAAUAUUCAAUCAGUUGAACUUGGAUUGA